CUUCGAACUCGAAGACAAUUGCCAAUUCGAUCAAAACCAUCAGCACCUCGUGCUCACCUUCCCAUUACCUCACUCCAACUCAUCAUCACCCCAUAAACCGAUCGCGCUCCCGAGCUGCGGUCGACCUAGUCGUCAAGACGUUUUCUAAUCUUCUCAACUCGGUCCACCACCCGUUCGCAGGGGCCCGUUGUUCUGCCUCAUCCGGAGGAGCAGCGGACUCGAUCCAGACUGAAUAAAGUCUCGAUAUUUGCCACAAACGGCAGGAAUAGCUGAUUUUUAGACUCUUCGCAAAAUAACAACAAACAACAAAACAACAUGGCUCCGCACGCUGAGAUUGACGCGGCCACUGCGAACGGUGGUGGACACCACACCGUUACCAAUGGCGCUGCGGCCAAUGGCACUGCUGCCAACGGCUCGGCCGCUCGCCCCAAGUUCAUUGUCAACUCCCCCAACGUGGUGUACACUGACAACGAGAUCCGCUCCACGUACACCUACCGCACCACGGAGGUCACCGACCGCGAGGAUGGCACCCGCGUGGUCACCCCGAAGGAGACGGUCUACGACUUCAAGCUUGACACCAAGAUCCCCAAGGUCGGCGUCAUGCUGGUCGGCUGGGGUGGCAACAACGGUAGCACCAUCACCGCCGGCAUCAUUGCCAACCGCCGCGGCCUCGUCUGGGAGACGCGCAACGGACGCCAGGCUGCCAACUACUACGGCUCCGUCAUCAUGGGCUCGACCCUGAAGCUUGGCACUGACGCCAAGACCGGCAAGGAGGUCAACAUUCCCUUCCACGACGUCCUGCCCAUGAUCCACCCCAAUGACCUCGUCAUUGGCGGCUGGGAUAUCAGCGGCCUGAACCUGGCCGAUGCCAUGGACCGCGCCCAGGUCCUGGAGCCGUCCCUGAAGAACCUCGUCCGCAAGGAGAUGGCCCAGAUGGUCCCGCUCCCCAGCAUCUACUACCCUGACUUCAUUGCCGCCAACCAGGAAGACCGGGCCGACAACCUGAUCCCCGGCUCCAAGGCCUGCUGGGAGCACGUGGAGCAAAUCCGCAAGGAUAUCCGCGACUUCAAGGCUGCCAACGGCCUCGACAAGGUCAUCGUCCAGUGGACUGCCAACACGGAGCGCUACGCCGACAUCAUCCCCGGUGUCAAUGACACGGCCGACAACCUGCUCAACGCCAUCAAGAACGGCCACGAGGAGGUUGCUCCUUCGACCGUCUUCGCCGUCGCUUCCAUCCUGGAGAACGCCCCCUUCAUCAACGGCUCUCCGCAGAACACCUUCGUUCCCGGCUGCAUCGAGCUUGCCGAGAAGCAUGGCGCUUUCAUCGGCGGUGACGACUUCAAGUCCGGCCAGACCAAGAUGAAGUCGGCCCUGGUCGACUUCCUCAUCAACGCCGGCAUCAAGCUCACCUCGAUUGCCAGCUACAACCACCUCGGCAACAACGACGGCAAGAACCUGAGCUCGCACAAGCAGUUCCGCUCCAAGGAGAUCUCCAAGUCCAACGUGGUCGAUGACAUGGUCGCCGCCAACACCGUCCUUUACAAGAAGGACGAGCACCCCGACCACAUCGUCGUCAUCAAGUACGUCCCUGCCGUUGGCGACAGCAAGCGCGCCUUGGACGAGUACCAUGCCGAGAUCUUCCUCGGUGGCCACCAGACUAUUUCCAUGUCCAAUGUCUGCGAGGACUCGCUGCUCGCCUCCCCGCUCAUCAUCGACCUGGUCGUGGUUACUGAGCUGAUGACCCGCCUCAAGUGGAGGCUGCACUCGGACGAGGCCGAGAGUGCCAAGGGCUACAAGAGCUUCCACAGCGUGCUCAGCGUUCUCAGCUACAUGCUCAAGGCUCCUCUGACCCCGCCCGGCACUCCGGUCGUCAACGCCCUGGCCAAGCAGCGCGCCGCCCUGGCCAAUAUCUUCCGCGCCGUUGUCGGCCUGGAGCCCGAGUCGGACAUGACUCUGGAGCACAAGCUGUUCUAGGCUGCCUCGUGGCUGGCACUCGCGGCUGCCCAGCAGCUGCGCAGUGAGGUGAGUAAAGGUUACCAAUGAGAUUUUGGAGCGACCUGACCCACUGCGCCUUCGCUUCGCUUCGUUUCGUAUCCGAUUGGGGAGGCUUUCUGCUUCAUCAUGAUUUGCCAAUGGACUUUUAUGCCUCGGGAUGAAACGGUUGGGUGGGUGGAUAUCCAGAUGGUCUUUUUGUUGAAUUAUUCUCAUAGAAUAGUCCAAUGAUAGUCCAAUGAAUAGUCCAUGUUACGACACUCGUUACACAC